AUGGUUGCCACUGUCUGCAUUCAGCCGAUUGAUUUACUCAAAGUGCGCCUGCAACUAGCAGGAGAGGGCGCCAGAAAAGGACCGAGACCUACAGCGUUGUCUAUAGCAAGGACGAUUGUCAGCCAAGGCAAGGUCACUGACCUCUAUCAAGGCCUCUCGGCGGGUUUACUGCGUCAAAUCGUGUACGGCACCGCUCGACUUGGUCUCUUUUUCACUUUCGAGGACAUGAUGCAGCAACGACUCCAGCGACAGGGAUUGCAGAUGGGUUUCGAACACCGAGCAUUGGCCGGACUGGCUGCUGGUGGGUUGGCCGCUCUUGUCGCGAACCCUACAGAGGUUGCGCUCGUACGAAUGCAGUCCGACGGCUUACAGCCGAAAGAGCUCAGGGCGAACUACCGCUCAGCUUUCGACACCUUGGCUCGCAUCUCUCGCAACGAGGGGAUGCUGGCUCUAUGGUCGGGCGCCUACCCAACCAUGAUAAGGGCCAUGGCGACCAACUUCGGCCAGCUGGCAUUUUUCUCCGAAUCCAAACACCAAUUGUCAACCCACACAACGCUUAGCCCACAGGUACAGACAAUUUGUGCUUCGGCAAUUGCCGGACUAUCAGCCGCCUUUUUCAGUCUGCCGUUCGACUUCCUGAAGACCCGACUGCAAAGGGCAAAUGCUGCGACUGGAACGCCCGUCUACAGAGGCAUGUGGCAUUGUGCCUUGAGUGUCGUGAGGAACGAAGGGUUCCUUCGAUUUUACCGUGGGUUCGGUGCAUACCUUUUCAGGAUUGCGCCCCAUUCCGACUUCGAAGUUGAGAGUUCGAUAAUCGACACCACCGACCAUCGUCCAUUCAUCUCUGCGAUGGCGACGCCUCCGGCCACUUAUCUGCCUGCAAAAGAUUAUGUGUUGCCAACGCUCGACCUUUUGACAUUACUAUUUGAAUCACCGUGGUGCUUGGGGGACGAUGCCACGGUGCUACAUGUCGAGGCCGCCCAUCCCAGCAACUCGGUCACCAAGGCGCAGACACGGACGUGGACGAAGCGAAUCGCGCACAUCCUGCGAUCUCAGUAUGGCAUAGGUGCUCGGGGACGAGGCAAAGACGUUGUCCUCUGUGUCUCGACCGGUCAGGUCCUCCUGCCGGCGCUAUUCUACGGGACGAUCGCCGCCGGGGGCAUCUACAGCUCAGCAAGCCCAAGUUAUAGUUCUAUCGAGCUCGCACGGCAGCUCAAGCACGGCAACGCCCAACUGGUCGUCACGAGCAGUGACUGUCUCGAAGUCACCGUCAAGGCUUGUUUAGAGGUUGGCAUAGGACGCGACAGAAUCCUGGUCUUGGAAAGCAAGGCGGGCGCAAGGACACUCCACGAUGCCACGGGCCAGGGUCCCAACUUGCUCGGAGGAAACGAGAACCCCAACCAGAUGCUGGAGUGGGAACGUAUAACCGAUGAGAAAGAACUGGAGGAAAGCAUCAUCUGCUUGCUCUACAGCAGCGGGACCACCGGCGUGCCAAAAGGCGUCAAGGUGUCGCACACCAACCUCGUCUCCGAGGGUCUUCUCUUGGGCCUCCCGAUCCGGGAGUACGCGAAGAGGAGGAAGCUGAAAGAUCCCUCGUUCAAUUUCGCCUACCGCACGCUCGCACAUCUACCGACUGCACAUGUGGCCGGGUGUUUGGGGUAUUUUAUCAACCCCAUCGUAUCCGGUGGCACGGUGUACUGGAUGCAGAGAUUCGACUUUGCCGGCUUUUUAGAGUACAACAGACAGUUCCGCACCACGGCUUUGUUCACGGUGCCACCGAUCUAUCUGAUGAUCGCCAAAAGUCCCGAAGUCACCGACCAUUUCAAGACGCUGUUGCACGCCGUAUCUGGUGCUGCGCCAAUGGGGGCCGAACUCUCGCGACAGGCGCAGCAAAAGCUCGGAUGCCAUCUCUCGCAAACCUGGGGUCUCUCGGAGUCGAUGGGUUCCGUCACAUCCAUGCCGUGGGACGAAGUCGACGACACUGGGAGUAUUUCGCCGUUGAUGUCGAACGUCAGGGUACGCAUAGUCGAUGACGACGAACAGGACGUGGAGGAAGGGCAACCGGGCGAAAUCAUCUUUCAAGGUCCCAUGGUCACUCGAGGUUACUGGCACAGUGAUCAAGAAACCAACGCUGCUUUCACGCGCGAUCUCCGGUGGUUCAAGACCGGCGAUAUUGGAGUGAGGAGCGACAAGAAGUUCUACGUCGUGGACCGCAAGAAGGAACUCAUCAAGUACAAGGGUCUUCAAGUGGCCCCCGCCGAGCUCGAAGCCUUGCUACUUUCUCACCCACUGAUUACCGAUGCCGCCGUCAUCGGCGUACCAGCACUGGAUGGGAGCGGCAAUGAGUUGCCUCGAGCCUUCGUGGUUGCCGAUGAGACGAGAAUCUCGGCCGCCCAGAUCGCCGAUCUGGUCAAGAACAAGUUGGCCAAGCACAAGCAGCUCAGAGGUGGUGUCGUCUUUGUGUCUAGCAUCCCCAAGAGUGCCAGCGGCAAGAUCCUGAGGCGGGAGCUGAGAGCGCAGGCAAAGAGUGACGGCACGGGAAGGACGAAGCUCUAG